AUGCUUGCGACAGCCUCGCUUGAUGGCCUGCAGAGCAAGGAAUACCGCCAGAUUCUGGACAUGGUCGACCGUCUCCGCACCUGCGGCCUGGGAUCGAUACUUCCUCUGCCCCAGCUUGUAGUAUGCGGUAACCAGUCGUCGGGCAAGUCUUCAGUGCUCGAGGCCAUCACGGAAGUCCCAUUCCCGCGCAAGGAGAACCUUUGCACUCGAUUUGCAACAGAGAUCAUCUUGCGUCGUGACCAGACUGAGUCAAUCCACACCAAGAUCAUCCCAGACAGCGCGCGCCCAGAAGCCGAGAAGAUUAAGCUGUCAGCAUUCAGCGGCAGUAUCUCAGACUUCACCGAACUGCCAGAUCUCAUCGAGACCGCGACCGACUUGAUGGGCCUCAAUGCAGCUUCCAACGGCUCUCAAGAUCAGAACUCUCCUCGCGCAUUUUCUCGUGAUGUACUGAGUGUCGAGAUCGCGGGCCCGGAACGCCCUCAACUCACACUUGUCGACCUUCCUGGCCUGAUCCUGUCGGCUACUAAGGAUCAGACAGAGGCGGACGUGAAGCUCAUUCACUCUCUUGUCGGAGACUACAUCAAGGAGAAGCGCACCAUCAUGCUCGCCGUCAUCUCUGCCAAGGACGACUACGCCAACCAAGGCAUCCUCACCAAGUGCAAGGAGGUCGACAAGGACGGUAAGCGUACUCUGGGAAUCAUCUCGAAGCCAGACUACUUGCGGCCCGGCUCUGCAAAUGAAAAGACAUGGAUCAAUCUUGCUCAGAACAAUGACAUCUACUUCGAGCUUGGCUGGCACAUGUUGAAGAAUCGAGCGGAAGACGAGAUAGAUACAUCCUUUGAAGCACGCAACUGGUCCGAGCGUGCUUUCUUCAGCACUGGAGGAUACCGCGAGUUGCCAGAGAGCGAUAAGGGAGUCUCGUCGCUUCGCACCAAGCUAUCGAAGCUGCUAUUCAAGCAUUUGAAGAAAGAGCUUCCCAAUCUUCUGGGCGAGCUCAAGGCCAAGCACGCCCAUACUAUAGCAGCCCUCGACGCCCUGGGCGAGAAGCGAUCGACGGUUGCCGAGCAGAAACGUUUUCUGAUGGGCAUUGCCACUUCAUAUCAGGCCAUCGUGUCGAGCGCUGUCGAUGGCCACUACGAACACACCUUCUUCGGUCCGAUCGACAUUGACAACAGUGUCGAAGAUUUGUCCAACCUUCGGCGUCUCCGCGCUGCGGUCCAAUAUCUGAAUCUGCAAUUUGCGAGCCAGAUGCGUCAGUAUGGCCACAAGUAUCGGAUCUGGAGCACGGAAAGUACCGCCGGCACCAACUCGCCAAAUGACUUGCCCGAGCCAGAUCUUAUCGAAGAUUACGCAGCUGUGAAGGACCUUCAAGAGACUCGUCUGCGGGACGAAGCCGUAGAUUGGGUCAAGCAGAUUCUCGUUCGAACUCGUGGCCGUGAGUUAGCUGGCAACUUCAACCCUCUGCUGAUGUCCCAGCUGUUUCGGGAACAGUCGGAGAAUUGGGAGGCAUUCGCUGCCUACCACAUCGAUAAAAUCGCUACACUGUGUGCCGCUGUCGUCAAGGCUGCGAUAGAUGAGGUCGUUUCCGAAGAUGUAUCGGCGAAGCUACAGGGUGAGAGAGUAGACCCGACUAUGAGGCAGCGUCAGGCGAAUGCUAAAGCAGAGCUACAUCAGCUGAUUCAGGACAAGCUUCGUCAGCCUAUUACGUACGAUCCCUCUUACACAGCACAUGUGCAAGAAGCCCGCGCUCAGAAGACAAUGGCCAGGAUCCGAGCUUUGAUGGAUCAGGCCAAGGUGGAAGUCGAUGUAGAAGAUGGUGGGAAGCAAACGCUCAUUAAUGCUGAGCUCCUUACCAAUGGAUUGAAGGAGGCCACUGAGCUCGACAUGGACAAGAUAUCGGCGGAGGACGCACUGGACAGCCAGCUGGCCUACUACAAGGACAAGGUACGCUACUUCAUCACUGCCGUCACCGACCAGGUCAUCGAGCGUCACCUCCUGCACAACCUUGCGCAGGACACAUUGUCUCCACUGAUGAUCAACGACAUGGCCGACCGCGAAGUCGAAUAUUUCGCAGCCGAGGCCGAAGACGUCACGCACAAGCGCGCUCACCUGGAAGGACACAAGAUCAUUCUCGAGAGGGGACAGAAAGCCUUUCGCGAUGCCAUGGGCUCUUACUGA